UAAUGGACAAAAAUUAGACAACAUCGGGGUAGCUGAAAGUGAUAAUGUUUCGAUAAGCAAAAUUAUUAAUAGAAACGUUUCUGAUGACGUUGAUAAAACGACACUUGUUGAGGUACCAACGCGAGACCUCACAGUCGGACCGACACGUAACGAAACUGAAUCGCAAACUGUGAACUUGGCGCCGGUAUCAAGGCACCUGACUUCAAGGGCCGUGAAUAGUAAUAAUCAUACGGAAAUAAGAGAUUCGAAUAGAUCGAGCGGUUCGAAUAGAAUCGAAUUACCAGCACUGUGGAAAGACUUCUGCACACUAUAUGACAGAGAUUUUAUUGAAUCUUAUUUCACUCCUCGCACUCCGUUAAUAACUAUUAAUUGUACAGUAACACAUUUGUUUUCUGGCGUUUGGAAAUUGACCGAUUUAAGAAUGAUGAUUGAUAGAUACAACGACACCGUCUUUGGUCUAGUCAUAAAUUGCGAGUCAAUGAGCAUAAUAUCAAUACCAUGGACAAUAAAGGCAUCGCGAUUGUACAAGAUGAUCGUCACAAACUGUGUGAUUGAGGACUAUUUCACAGAAUACAAUAGUCCAGUGCUCAAUGAAAUUCCCGACACGCUAAGGUAUUGGGAAAUUCGGAACAAUGUAAUUCAGAUAUCCGUUGCUAAGUUUAUAAACAUAACCAUAAACGUUCGAAAUAUCAGCAAAGAGUUCGACUGCUUUCACGAAGACACAAUCGAAUAUAUCUCAGACCGAAACACCUCCUACGAGUUCAUACACGACGCGGACGAACAAAUGAUGUCUAAACUUUCCGAUGUAGGCGAGACUUUAGUGCUGGAAGCUCAAAAUGUGAACCACAUUUGCGCCUACAAAAGACUGCUUAAAUUUGAAGAAGGACUGAGUUACAGUCGCUCCAUCUACCAUACGAAAUUGCUUACGGAUAAGGCAAGGUUUAUGGAACUUCGAGUGUAUAACGUAUCAUACAACUAUAUCAAUGUUCUUCAAGAUCAACACCUGCAAUGGUCUACGAAAUUUCCAAAAUUGGAACUCCUCGAUCUCUCUCAUAACAAGAUCUCAAAGUUGUACAAGUUUGAGAUACCUUUGCAUACUAGGCCUGAUCAGCUGACUACCAUAAAUCUGCAAUACAAUAACAUCACAACAAUUACCGUAGAGGAUCUCGACAGAUUCAGGGAUAUGCCAAUGAUGCUAAUUGAUAUCAGGAAUAACCCGAUAAGCUGCAACUGUUCUGAAAAGUUCAGAGAGCUCCUCCGGUAUAUCAAAGAAGGGCGCCAUGUUUCCAUAUCCAACCUGACGGACUAUUCUUAUAUCGGUCGACUCAAGUGCGAUAACCCUUCCAAAUUGCUGGGCCGAGAUUUAAUGACCUUGACUGAGGAAGAGGUAUGUGUACCGGAAGUGGAAUAUUUUGUUGGACCUGUGAUCGUGCUUAGCGUUUCCGUUAUCAUCAUCAGCAUUAUUCUGAUUGUGGUUUUGAAAUACCGGCAAGAGAUCACUAUCAUAAUGUUCACGAGGUUUAACAUUAUUGUGCCAUGUAGGACAAGAGCAAAUUUCGACUCCACCAAGAAAUAUGACGCAUUUGUCAGCUACAGCAGCAAUGAGGAAGAACAUGUGGAGAAACUUUUUGAAGAUCUUGAAUCAACUCCAGACGAUAAACCCAACGCAAUUAAAUUUAAAUUUUGUCUGCAUCACAGAGACUUUGUGCCAGGGAAAACAAUUUUUGACAAUGUUUCUAAAAGUGUCGAAUCCAGCCGACACACAAUCAUAUUACUUUCAAACCACUUUCUGAAAAGUCAAUAUUGUCUGUAUGAAUUUCAAGAAGCAUUUAGGCAAAGCAUCAUGGAAAAGAAGCGCCAUCUUGUUAUUGUCAUGAUGGAGGACAUACCGGAAGAUAGCCUACCUCGUGAUCUCAAACGGUGCAUAAAUACUUUUACCUACAUCAGACGUGAUGAUUACUUAUUUACAGAAAGGCUUAUUUAUGCACUUUCCGUGAAACAUAAAGAAAAGAUUAUUAAACCGAAAACAGUAGCAAAUAUUGAAGCUACUGAGCAGAAAAAGGACAGUAAGAGACAGAUUUCAGUUUUUUUCAAUUCGCGAAAAAAAUCGGUGACCACUCGUGAAACAGAUAUAAUGAAGGAUGCCUCACUUGACAUUAUAAAAGACAAUACUUUAACACGUAAAGUUGAGCCACGUUUAUCAACGGAGUGUAUGAACGAGUUGAACGAGACAGUUAUAAUAAAUAACAAUGAAAAUGCAAACCCGAAGGAUUCUCAAGUAGUGAGAAAACUUACAGGAAAACUAGAUAUAAACAUUCCGCCACAUUCGAACGAACAUUACGUCGUUGAAAAGAAAAUAAGUAACCUAGAAUGUGACUAUGGACGAAGUUUGUCGUCUGAUAUCGGAUACGGAAGUGCAUACAAUUCUCCGGAAAUUCGUGGUGACAUUGCAACUUUUUCCGUAGAAUCGGUCGCUUAA